AUGAGUUCAAAUGAAGAAGAUCAAUAUUCUAUUCUAUUUCACCGUGUUAGUCAUCCAAUAAAUGAUCGUUCAAAAUUAACUGAAGAACAAUUAAAUAAAUAUGAAACAUGGAAAACUAAACCUGGAAUGGCACAAAUUAAACUUGAGUUUAUUGAUUUUGAUCAUGAAGUUAGAUUAAGUGUCGAACAUUUAAAUGAAAAAGAUAAGAAAUUACUUAUUGUAACAAAUGAUGAUGUGACAAAUAAUUCUGUUGAACCAAAAAAAAAGAAAUUUAAAGUAAGCUAA